AGAGAAAUGGCGCUGGUUGCGUCGGAGUGGCAUCCGCUCAGCCCCGAAAAAGGCAUAUUCUUUAGGAAGUUUGAAGUCGAUUGCAUGCAAUGGGAUGGUCAACUGAACCUCGAAGACUACAAACUUUACGCGGCUCCGUUCGGUGGUCCGGUUGCCCUCAUUCGUGAUUCACGACGAAUUGUGCGCGUUUCCAGCAUUGGAGCUAGUGCGAAGCCGUUCAUCUUUCUUUUCACCCCGAGUGGCCGUGAAAUCGGUGUCAUAAAGUGGAAUAGUGGACCAAUUUUGGAGUUGGGUUGGUCUGAUACCGAAGAUCUCAUCGUGGUGCAGGAGGAUGGCCAAGUUCUUCUUUACGAUUACCUCGGGAACUACCGCAGGACAUUUGCCAUGGGCCAGGUGAGCUUUUUGGCGAGAAGCAGAAAUCUAUAG